AUGGCGACGGCGUCGCCGGCGCGGGAGCUCACGCAGAACCCGCUGCAGAAGACGUGGGAGCCCUACGACAACGGGCUGCCGGCGGGGCACAGCGCCCAGCGCGGCGUAUGUAUGACCAAUUGCCCUACUCUGAUUGUCAUGGUGGGUCUUCCAGCAAGAGGAAAAACCUACAUCUCAAAGAAGCUGACGCGCUAUUUAAAUUGGAUUGGAGUGCCUACAAAAGAAUUUAAUGUUGGUCAGUAUCGUCGAGAUCUGGUGAAAAAGUAUAAAUCUUUUGAAUUCUUCCUGCCUGACAAUGAAGAAGGCUUGAAAAUCAGGAAACAGUGUGCCUUAGCAGCGCUGAAUGACGUCCGACAGUACCUCAGUGAAGAAAAUGGGCACGUGGCUGUCUUUGAUGCUACAAACACAACUCGAGAACGUAGAGAAACUAUUUACAAAUUUGGUGAAGAAAAUGGAUAUAAGACUUUUUUUGUUGAGUCAGUAUGUGUAGAUCCAGAGGUCAUUGCUGCAAACAUUGUGCAAGUGAAGCUGGGUAGUCCUGACUAUGUUGAUUGUAGUAAUGAUGAAGCAACAGAAGACUUCAUGAAAAGAAUAGAGUGCUACAAGAACUCGUAUGAGACAUUAGAUGAAACUCUUGACAAGGAUCUUUCUUAUAUUAAAAUUAUGGAUGUCGGAAGGAGUUACCUUGUGAACAGAGUAAUGGAUCACAUCCAGAGCCGAAUUGUCUACUACCUCAUGAAUAUCCAUGUGACUCCUCGGUCAAUCUACCUCUGUCGACAUGGAGAAAGUGAACUCAAUCUGAAAGGGAGAAUAGGAGGAGAUCCUGGACUGUCUGUCAGGGGGAAAGAAUUUGCCAAAAGCUUGGCACAAUUUAUUAAUGAGCAAAAUAUCAAAGAUCUGAAAGUUUGGACCAGCCAGAUGAAAAGGACAAUUCAGACUGCUGAAGCCUUGGGAGUGCCUUAUGAGCAGUGGAAGGUUUUGAAUGAGAUAGAUGCAGGAGUGUGUGAAGAAAUGACAUAUGAAGAAAUACAGGAAAAUUAUCCGCUUGAAUUUGCACUGAGAGACCAAGACAAAUACAGAUACAGAUACCCUAAAGGAGAGUCCUAUGAAGAUCUUGUUCAGAGACUGGAGCCGGUAAUUAUGGAACUUGAAAGGCAGGAAAACGUGCUUGUCAUAUGUCACCAAGCUGUCAUGCGCUGUUUGCUCGCAUAUUUUCUUGACAAGCCUGCAGAACAACUGCCUUACCUGAAGUGCCCACUGCAUACUGUCUUAAAGCUAACCCCGGUGGCUUAUGGAUGUAAAGUAGAAUCUAUCUUUCUGAAUGUUGAAGCUGUAAACACACACAGAGAUAAACCUGAGAAUGUAGGUGUGGAUCGGUCAAGAGAAGAAGCUUUGAGGACAGUACCUAACCACCUAUAGCUCCAGUUCCUGGGGGCGGCAGCCCUUCCUCCAGCGCAAGAGCGUUAAGUGGCAGCUCAGGUCCCGCAGAACGGAGAAGGCGUUGCCGAGCGCCGAGUGAGUUGGAACGGACGUGCCUCCCCUUCACUUUUAAGACAUUUCGAAUGUGAUUCAGCUUCUUUGGAGAAAACUUGUAGUUGUGGAUAACUCCUAGUGCCGAAAGGUAUCACUAAAAAGAUUGAUGGGAAGCAGAGCAGAGUUGGUUUUAGAUUUUUUUGUAUGUAAAUUUGUGCAGUUUCAGUGGUUUUUAUUGUUCAUCUGUGGAUACUGCAAGAUGGUUAAUUGCUCGUGUCAAUUUUACUGUCAGAUUUUAACUAGAUUUUACUUUCUUUUUUAAGUGUUUUUCUAAGAGUUCCUCUUAUUUUUACUGUGAAUGAUUGCCUAGAAUUAUAUGGAGAUUUUUUUGAUGGCAUAUUUAACAUAGGUAAAAUUCUGCAUUUUGAGCAUUGGAGGCUUCGUGUUGCAAAACUACUUGAAAUGGGAAAGCCUAUCGGCUCUGGGAGCUUUUCUGUGUUUUAAAUUGAGCUUCGGUUUGCCAGCCACGAGUUAAAUUUUUCUCAAAUGGGGAGACUUUCCCUUUGGAAAAUAAAAGCAUUAAAGCUAGAUUUGCUACCUGAAAGAUUCUGCUGUUUUAGCAAGAUUUUAACAUUUUCCAGGGGCCAGCUGUGUUUUGGAGGGCAGUGGAAGACACAGUAUGAAGUGGGGGACACAAGCAUGAGUAUAGGUGGCAGCCUGGGUAAUGAGAAAGAGAGAGAGAGAGAGAGAUGUCCUUUCUGCUGCAGUUACAGGAGGGGAUGAGCAGCUUUUCUGAGACUGGAAGGGAGGGGAAAAGGAUUCAGACUGUCAAGGGCUGGAGAAGCUGCUUGUCUAAGACUGUGACUU